GCCUGGGCCUACCCUAUUCUCACUCACAGCACAGAUUAUUAGAGUCACACUCACUGACUCACUCACAUCACCACAGACAGCCAUCGGAUGAUCGGGCCAUCCAUCAGUCUACCUCCUUCCACUCCAUCUGACCCUAACUUGGAAGUUUACCGUAACAAAUAUGGCAGACUCGAAAGCCUCUGAAACUCAAGCCGUUCGUGAGGAAAAAACUCAAGUGGAGGAGGAAGACUCUGAAGAGGAAGAGGAGGAUGAUGAUGAUUCAGAUAAUACUGAAGAGGAAGUUGAACCGAAGUUGAAAUAUGAACGUAUUGCCAAUGACUUAUCUUCAAUUCUCAGCAAGGAUGCUGCCAGUUGCAUAGCUGUACAUCCAAAGUUCUUGGCCCUUGGCACUCACUGGGGAAUGAUUCACAUCCUUGACCAUAUUGGAAACAACAUUCGGGAUAAAGAAGUGACAGCUCAUACAACCACAGUAAAUCAGAUCAGCAUUGAUGACAAUGGUGAUUAUAUGGCAAGCUGUUCUGAUGAUGGAAGGGUGAUAAUUACUGGACUCUAUGCCACUGAAAAUAACCAGUUGGUUACAUUUGAUCGACCUGUUAAAGCAAUAGCCUUGGACCCAUACUAUUACAAACCAGGGACGGGUCGACAGUAUGUCACCGGAGAGGACAAGCUAAUUUUGAAUGAAAAAAGUGGCUUCUUAGGCCGUCACAAGAUGGUUGUGUUGCAUCAAGGUGAGGGAGCCAUCCGCAAUAUCAAGUGGGGUGGAGACUUCAUUGCAUGGGCCAGUGAUAAGGGUGUGAAAGUGUUUGACAUGAGUACCAGGUCAAAAAUCACCAAAAUUGACAAAGAUCAUGACCUGAGACCUGAGCUUCAUAUUUGUCAGCUGGUGUGGAGGGAUGCGAGAACUCUUUUGAUUGGAUGGGGAGACAGGGUCAAGAUCUGUGUUGUCAAGGAUUACGGCAGAACUGAUGUGAAGGACAAUCUUCCUAACAGAUACGUGGAGAUCAUUGCCAUGUUCACAACUGACUUCUUUGUCUGUGGUAUUGCUCCUUUGGCUACCAAUUUGGUUGUUCUUUCUUACGACAAAAUUGGGCAAAAACAAGAGGGUGGGCGGACAGUGGCCAACAGGCCUCACCUGCAGAUCCUGGAACCUCACAUGAAUUACUUUGAGGAGAUCAGCAAUGACGCUCUCUCCAUAAGAGGGUUUCAGGAAUAUCGUUGCAAUGAUUACCACUUAGAGUGCAUCCCAGAGGAGAACCUGUACUUUAUUGUGAGCCCUAAGGAUGUGGUGGUAGCCCGUCUGAGAGACCAGGAUGACCACAUCACAUGGCUCAUGGAACAUGAGCAGUAUGAGGAAGCCAUGGCUGCUGCCUCAGAACACAGCCGAGAGCUGAAGAUGCACACAUAUUCUGAUAUCGGACGUGCUUACCUGAACUAUUUGAUAGAAGAAGAUUGCUUCGAUGAGGCUGGACGGCUAUGCGUGAAAAUUCUGGGCAAAAAGAAGGAGCUGUGGGAGGAGGAGAUUUACAAAUUUGCCAAAAUCAAUCAACUUAAGGCCAUAGCUCCUUACAUUCCAAGGCAAGAUCCUCGUUUGAACUCUGCAAUCUAUGAAAUGGUGCUCAAUGAAUUUCUGGCCUCAGAUUCUGAUCGUUUUUACCAAUUGGUGAAGGAAUGGCCUCCGCAGUUGUAUGAUAAUGAGUCUAUCAUCAAUGCCAUCCUUGGACGUUUGGACAGAGAGAAAGAUCCAGAAGUCUUGCUACAAAGCUUGGGCCAGUUAUAUGCCCACCAGAAAGCCUUUGACAAAGCUCUUGGAAUAUAUUUGAGACUAAAGCACAAGGAUGUUUUCCACUUGAUCCAUGCCCACGGCCUUUACGACAAGAUCAGCGACAAGAUAAUUCAGCUGAUGGACCUAGACCAGGAGCAGGCUGUGAAGAUGUUGCUAGACAACAACGAGACCAUUUCCGUGGAGAAAGUGGUUCAACAGCUGAACAAAUCACAGCGAUAUCUCUAUGUGUACUUGGACCAACUUGUCCAUCGAGAUGUCCAAGGAACACAGAAGUACCAUGGUCAACUGGUCAAACUCUACGCUGAAUUUGAUCGACCAAAACUUCUCCCCUUCUUGCGGCGAUCUGAGUUCUACCCCCUGCAGACUGCUUGGGAGGAGUGUGAGGCCAGAGAUUAUGUGAAAGAGCAGGUUUUCUUACUUGGUCGCAUGGGCAAUUUGACUCAGGCUUUGAAACUGAUCAUGGAGCGCUUAGGAGAUGUGAACCAUGCCAUUCUUUUCUGUAUGGAGCAAGCAGAUGAGGAAUUGUGGGAAAACCUCAUAGACUAUGCCAUGAAUAAGCCACAGUUCAUCACAGCAUUAUUGCAAAACGUCGGAGCUCACAUUGACCCAAUCAAAGUUAUAAGCCGUAUCCAGAAAGGUAUGGAGAUCCCAGGAUUGAGGGACUCAUUGGUCAAGAUCCUACAGGACUACAAUCUACAG